AAAGAAACAGGAUUUACUCCGUACUACUUACAAACAUGACCCAGAAGCUCACUAGCCUCCUUGUCACCGCAUUGACGGUGGCCACCGGCGUUAUCGGACACGGACAUGUCAACAACAUAGUCAUCAACGGGGCAUACUAUCAAGGCUACGAUCCAACACUGUUUCCAUAUGAACCAAACCCGCCCAUUGUAGUGGGCUGGACGGCUAGUGAUACUGACAACGGCUUCGUCGCGCCCGAUGCAUAUCAAUCACCCGACAUCAUCUGCCAUAGGAAUGCCACCAAUGCUCGAGGACACGCGUCUGUCAUGGCCGGAUCCUCUGUACUCAUCCAGUGGGUACCGAUUCCGUGGCCACACCCAGGCCCCGUCCUCGACUACUUGGCCAACUGCAAUGGUGAUUGCGAGACUGUAGAUAAGACAACGCUUGAAUUUUUCAAGAUUGAUGGUAUUGGUCUCAUCAGUGGCGGAAAUCCGGGCAGAUGGGCCUCAGACGUGCUGAUCGGCAACAAUGGUACCUGGGUUGUGCAGAUCCCCGCGGAUCUCGAGACAGGCAACUACGUGCUACGCCACGAACUCAUUGCCUUACACAGCGCAGGGUCAGUAGACGGCGCCCAGAACUACCCUCAGUGCUUCAAUCUCGCCGUCACAGGCACCGGAUCCCUGCAGCCAACCGGCGUCCUAGGAACCAAACUUUACCAAGAGUCGGACCCUGGCAUUCUCUUCAACAUUUACACCAGCCCACUGACGUAUACAAUUCCUGGCCCUACCGUUGUAUCAGGCCUCCCUUCAAGCGUCACACAGAGGAGCUCCACCGCGACGGCCACCAGCAUCGCAACAGUUCCCGGCAGUGUCAGCACUGGAGGGACGAGCAGUAAAACUACAACGGUGCCGAGAUCGACGUCAUCGGCCACAACCAGACGCAGCUCUUCCUCCGCUAUCACAACCUCGGCGCCCGCUGGCCCCAGCCAGACUUUAUAUGGCCAGUGCGGUGGCAGCGGAUACUCUGGCCCGACCAUCUGCGCCUCGCCAGCCGUUUGCUCUACCUUGAAUCCCUACUAUGCCCAGUGUCUUACCAGAUAAUCAUAACGGCCGGUACAUUUAUGCGGAUCUUUGAAACAUCCAUAUACACACGCUGGCUGGUGAGCCAAACCCCUCAGUUAUCUAGCAAAAGGAGGAACGGUCUUUUACCCUGCUGGAUUUUGGCAUUGUAGACUCCUCGAAUUACUGGAGAAGUCUAUAUUUAUAGUGAUAUUCUUAUACUAGCAACAAGCCUUUAUGGUGGGCACUCCCAAAAAAUUGUCGGACCAUCCGACAGGGUAGAUCAUUGGAUUAUCGAGAUGAUCCAGUGAUCCACGACAGGAUUUUGAAGAAAGUUAAUGAUCCAGCUCGGCCAACUCAGUUAUACCUCUGCUUUAUACCACUCAUUCAGAUAGUUUAGAUAGCCAUUGCUAACAUAGCAAUUAGAUUGGAAUUACGAUUUUUUCUUA